UCCUUUUUUUCACAGUAUUUGCCCUAUGUAAGAGUAGAAUUUUCUUUUUCUAUUCCCCUAAAGAUUUUUUUACCUUGUUUUUGUUUAACGGUCGUCUUAUUGUUUUGGAGAUUAUAAAAAUGCCUGCUUUAGGGGAACCGCAGUCGCAAAAUCUUGUACAGUGGCUCGUGCGCACAGCUGUUUUCGUUGUGUUCUUUGCUGGCCAGUCAGCUGCGCUCAACUUUUCUCAAUUUCUUAGUCUUUUGCUUUGGCCAUUCUCGCAUUCCUAUUAUCAAAGCUAUAUUAAACAUACCCAAAGAUGUUUUGGUAUUUUAUUGGUUGCCAUCAAUCAGUUCUUUGCUCCUAGCAACUUUGUUAUCACAGUAGAUAAAUCUGCCAAAGGUGUUUUAAAGCAAAGUUGGAACGGAGCUAAAGUAGAACUGGAUAUGCCCGAAAGACUUAUAUUAAUAGCAAAUCAUCAAAUAUACGCUGAUUGGUUAUACGUGUGGUGCUUUACGUAUUUAGCUAAUGCUCAUGGUGCAAUUAAGAUUAUAUUAAAAGAUUCCCUAAAAUGGUUACCGAUAUUUGGAUGGGGUAUGCAAUUUUUCCAAUACAUUUUUUUGAAACGAAAUUGGGCAACUGAUAAAGGCCCGUUUUCAAAGACAUUAUCGACUCUAGCUACUUCCAAAGAACCUUUAUGGUUGCUUAUAUUUCCAGAGGGAACAGUAGUAUCUGAUGUGACGCGUAUAACGUCAAAAAAAUAUGCAGAUAAAGUUGGAUUGGUGGAUCAUGAACAUGUAUUAUUGCCACGAUCAACAGGAUUGCAUUUUUGUGCUGGAUCAUUACAUAAAUCCGUUGAUUAUGUAUAUGAUUUAACUAUAGGGAUAGAAGGAGUGAGGAGAGGACAAUUUCCAGAAGAAAUAUAUACAUUAAGAAAAAUUUAUUUUGAAGGACAAUAUCCACGUAAUAUACAUUUACAUAUUCGAAAAUAUGCAAUUUCAGAAAUGCCCGAAGAUGAGGAUAAAUUUACAGAAUGGCUAAGACAAAGAUGGAUAGAGAAGGAUGCGUUGAUGGAAGAAUUUUACACAAAAGGACGAUUUACAGGAUAUGAAUCGCCAAGAACUGUACCAAUGAAAUUAAAUAGCGUAUUUGAAUUGACUCAAAUUUGGUAUUUUAUUGUACCAUUAGUUCCUAUAAUGUGGUAUUUCUCUAAUUAUUUACUUAAUCGUAAGUUUACGUCAUCAUUUAUUUAAUGAUAUUAAUUUAAAUCUUAUUACUGAAUCCUGAAUCCUGAGUUCUUUUUUUUUUUUUUUUAUUGGUUGUAUGAGAUUCGAGUAUUGACAAUAUUAAAGACGGCAGGGAGAUUUUUUUUUGCGAAUAACCUUUUUCUUGAUUUGGUUUUUUUUUAUUAUAAAUAAUAGCAUAAUAAUUAUUUUGUUUUAUUCGUGUUUAUUGUUCAUUGAUAAUUUUAUUUGCUUUAUUACAUUUCUAUAUGAGUUAUGUAUUUUAUUUUGUAAAUAAUGAUAUUUCUUUUAAUGAUUAAACAUUUUCAAUGCGGUGUAACCUAUAUAUUGAUAA